AUGGAACCGAAAGCCGCAGAGCUGGUGGCUAUUCUGAAGAAUACCAAUCUGGCCAUCGAUGCUAAGGUUUCCUCCUUGAACGGUGUCAAGUCCGACAUCAAACAGAAAAACGUCCCCGAGGACGCAGUGCCAGCUCUCUUUGAAGCGCUGCAGUUGUCCAUCGGUUCUCAGCAUACGCCACUUCUGUCUGCGGGCUUUUCUACACUGGGCCAUUUCUUAAAGCGCCUUUUCAUUCAGGAUCAGCAUGAUUUGGUUGCUAUGCAAGGUCGUCACCUCUAUACCCUGCUUUUGGAGCGCCUUGGUGAUCACAAGGAGCGGAUUAGAGCUCAGGCGGCCCAAGCCUUCACUGAUUUAUGGCCUGCUGCUCGUCGUGACGUUGAACAAUAUGUGCUCGAAAUGGCCUUGACAGGCAAGAAUAAUAGAGCAAAGGAAAUGAGCAUGAUAUGGUUGGCGAAUAUGACGAAGAACCAUGGCUUGCGCUUCCGUUCGUACGUUCCGAGCCUUGUCACAUGCCUCGAGGAUGCCGAUAGUGCCGUUAGAGAUACGGCCAAGGCGACAGUGGUUGAACUGUUUCAAAACGCACCCGCAUAUGCCAGGUCCGACCUCCGGAAGCAAAUGAGCGAGCUUAACGUCAGAAAAUCGAUUGUCAGCACCAUUCUGACCAGUAUUGGCCUGGAGUCCGAUGGAUCAGAGCAGCCCUCGCGUCCCGCUUCACGCUCAUGCGUGCCGGCUCCACCUUCGCGUCCGGCGUCUCGCCUGACAGGGCGUCCGGUGUCGCGCGCAGCCGGGCCUGCGGCGUUGCCGUCUAGACCCACCGAGAGUCGAAUGAACGACCAUGACAAACCAGUCAUCGCUUCAUCCUCUCGCGAAAACGCGCGCCCAACCAAGCAUGUGCCGUCGCAGCCGAAACCGACCGAGAUUCGAGUGAAGGACCAUGGUAAAGUCGAGCCAGUCAUCGCUUCAUCCAAUCGAGAAAUCGACGAUGAGAAGGUUGAACCACUCAUCAUUUCAUCUGCUCGAGAGAUCGACGACAUCUUGCGUACAAUGACUCCUUAUUUUGAAGGACGUGAGACCGAAGACAACUGGAGUCACCGCGAAAAGAGUGUUCUCACCCUUCGUCGGCUCUUGCACGGCAACGCACCUCGUGAUUACUCCGACCAGCUCCUGGCAUCCAUCAAGUCGAUGCUCGAUGGCAUAUUUAAGGCUGUUAAUUCACUGCGAACCACUCUAGGGACAAAUGGUUGCCUUUUGAUUCAGGAUCUCGCUAUAAAGUGUGGUCCUAAAAUCGAUUUCAUGAUGGAAAUCAUCAUGCAGAACUUGAUCAAGCUGUGCGCCGGCAUGAAGAAGAUCACCGCGCAGAAUGGCAAUGCCACGGUCGAGAUUAUUCUUGCACAUGUGUCGUAUACACAUCGCAUUUUGCAACAUAUCGCUAGCGCCUCGCAGGACAAGAAUGUUCAGUUGCGGCUAUUUUCCGCUGGCUGGUUGAGAACCUUGCUCAUGAAACAAGUCCUCCACAAGUCCUCCAUUGAAAACAGCGGGGGCGUUGAGCUACUCGAAAAGAGCCUGAAGAAAGGACUAUCUGAUGCCAACCCUGGGGUCCGUGAAGCAAUGCGGCGCACGUUUUGGACGUUCCAUAGCAUAUGGCCCAUCAAAGCCCAGACGUGA